AUGGGGUACAAGAUAUUGUCGGCAAUAAUACACGGCGGAGACCCCCUUAGGAAACCUAAUGAAAGGACAAGACUUCCCGGUCGACUCAUGAUAAUGUCGGCUAAAACAGGUGCAAUAAUUUCGUGGAGUUUAGUUCCCGAUAAAUCAGAGAGUUAUUAUUCACCGCAACUACUGAUCCAUCCCGAUAACAGUUUGCUAAUACUGUACGGAACGGGUGGUGAGACACAUGCCGGUGCCCUCUAUGCCAUUGCAUUCGACGAUCUGUUGAAUAAGCGAAUGGAGAGAUCGCGAGUCAUAUACAAGGAUUGCUGCAAAGGAGUGAUGGUUCCGCCGGCGCUCAUCGAUAUCAAUGACGACGACAUUCUCGACAUAAUUAUGUCUUUAUUUAACUCAACGGUCAUUGCUUUCGAUGGACUCGAGUUCAAAGAGCUCUGGAGAACAGAGUUUCCUAAUUCUGAGACAUACAGCACACCGGCUGUCGGCUUCUUCAACAAUGACACCACUCCUGACUUCGUUGUUCUCAACAAUUUUGGUCCAGGAUUUCCAGUUUAUUAUAGCGCACAGCUAUCAGUUCUCGACGGAAGAAAUGGAAAACAAUUACUGAAACAACCAAUAGAUAUGUUAAUCAGUACCCAAUCCUCACCACUCACUGUAUCCACAACCAGUCCAAGCGAUCUCUUUUUAUUCUGGUAUUCUUCGUGUCAAUCGCAUCCAAAUAAUAACACCAAUUCAUCAAACGUCAAAACAGAUGCUCAAACAUUUAAAAUAGCACCAGGGACAACAAUUCAUGACAACUCUAGGGCUGACUUUUGUAAACUUCGAUUUAAUGAAACACUUUUUACACAAUUACGAGCUUUAAGUUCAACGAAUGUAUCGGUUAUAUAUGACUCCAGAGAUCACAACAUUUCAAAUCCAACCAAUUUUACGGCUAUUGGUUAUCAAUGGCUCCAACAGAAUAUGGUGUCAAAUAAUUUCUAUGAUAAUAGACCUCAGGAAACCGAUAAUGAACAACAGUUUGGGUAUCAGUCAUAUCAACCCGCAUAUCAAGAAUACCAAUACAAACGUCAGCCCUAUUCGGACAACUCAUACGACAACCAGAAUUACGACACCCGACCCAUCAGUUACGACAGAAUAUUCAAACCUCGCCGAAGGUUUAGAAGACAUGUUGGUGUACACGAUGGGGGAGGCAUUCAGAGGGUUAUUUCCACUGGAACGUUGGCGCCUCCUCUAAAUGGAGACAACGGGACGAUUGACUUGAUAUUCGCGACGUUUUGGUUCCCGGCGUCGAAGAAUGUACGGCUAAUGUCAGUGCAAAUAGAAGAAUGUAUUUCACGAUUCAUGGAUCCCAGAGAAGAGAGUCGACAGCGCCUGGAGAGCGACAACUCGUACUUCAAGCGGAUGGGCUUCGAUCACGACGCCUAUGAGGAGGCCGUCAAAGACAUGUGCGCUCACAUCCAAGACAAACAGACCCCUCUCUCAUCACAACCCGAUUUAUUU